AUGUCGACCAAAGGCGGUCGAAAUUCAUCAUGGAGUCGGCUGAAGCCUGCAAAUCAGGAUAUUUUUGAGGAGAUGGGAUUGAGAUCCAAGGGAGACAAACAGCUUCUUGACUACAAAACACAAGAACGUUUCUACAACAAGAUCGUCGAAAGAUACAUGCUAUUCGCAGCCGAUGCUCGCCGAGGAGACGAAUUAAAUCGAAAACUUGCACGUCUGAAUAUUUCACAAGAAAAUGGGAAUCGCGAUCCUGCUCAACCAGUACCAAACCCCGCAGACCUUACCAAUAGUAAAGCCGAUACAAACGAGCUGGAUGCUAUAACAAUGGGAAUGAGAAAGCUUCGAGAAGGAAUUGUGGCAUCGAAGAGAAUAGAUGAUUUCUCAAUUCAAGCAUACAUAUUUUGCAUACUCGACGAAGUUUUAAAGGCUAUUGCUCAUGAUAACUACUUUUUGUUUUGGAAGGUGAAAAGGGGGAUGGAUGGGUACAAAGCAAAAAUUAUGGAAUUUGCAGGGGAGGAGAUGAAGUUGCAUGCUUUGAAGUCGAUUGGAAAGACAUAUCUCAGUAUUGACUUAGAUUCCCUGGAGCAACUUACCGAUUCGAAUUGGACCACUCUGACCAAGGUGUAUAACGUGGGAUGGCAAUUAGAAGGGACGAAGGUUGUUAUUCGAAAGCCGAAGCCACGUUGA